UAGAGUUAACUGGGCUUAAAAAGAAACAAUUCGAGGCGGCCCAUAUAAGGUAAAAUUCAAAUAAAUAUAAAAUUAAUUUGUUUCCACAUUCGAUUAGAGGAAGGUAAGCGAGGAGAAAGAGGAACCAAGAGGAAGGAGAGAAUCUACGGAUUCGUACAGAGGAAGGCGAAGCAACAGUGACUGUUUCCCUCCGAUUACGGCAAAUAAGGUCGCCGUAAGUGUUGAUUUUUCCCGGGGAAGUUUCCGUUUCUUGGAUGAUAUGUUUUGGAAUCUGGCGCCGUUGUUCUGUUCGUGUUAGAUUAUCAAUCUUUGAAUUUCAUGAAAUGGAACUUGCUAUGGACUAUGGUUGAAGAAGAAUGGAUUCUUUAUUGGAUUUAAAUUAACUCUAGUUUUCUUUCUUUUUAUGGAUUUGACAUUUACGUUUGUAUAUAUAUGAUAUAUCUGUCAUGGCCACCAAAAACUUUGUUUGUAUGUUGCGUUUUGAGAUCAGUCUAUUCUUAAUCUUAAUGCAAUCACAAUCACUACUUCACCAGUAGUAUUUAAGUGAAAGUUGUAGUCUUGUUAUUAGUGGAGGUAACUAUGAUCAGAUAAGAUGUUUUUUUCUUAUUAUCACCAGGGGACUUUGAUCAUGGAUAAUCCAGAGAGGUUUGACCAAACGAAUCAAGGCUCUAGCUCUUCUAUUCCAAGUAAGAGGAAAAGGGGUCGUCCUCGCAGUGAUGAAGUCCAACAACUGAACCCACCUGUUACCGCCAUUGAUGAGAAUCUGAUAGGUCAGAUGGUUUCUGGUGUGGUUGAAGGUUCUUUCGAGGCUGGCUAUUUUCUCAACGUGAAGGUCGCUGACACGGAUAAGCAAUUUAAAGGCAUUGUUUUCUUACCUGGCAAAGUCACUCCAGUUACUCCAACAACUGAUUUGUUUCCCCAAGCUAAAAUGUAUGCAAGAGAAGUUCCUUCUCUAAACCAACAAACUCCAACCACUCAGUCCAAGAGAGACGCUGGGAAUCAAACUGAUUUUCAUCCUAUGAGCGAUGAGGGUGUUGGUUCUGAGGCUAUUGAUACAGAGAUGAAAGAUGUUGGUGGCUCUUCUGCAGAGGAUAAACUCACUGAACCUGAAGGCCAAACCCUCUCUCUGAUGCCACAGUUUGCCAGUGAUGAUGCACCCAAAGAUGACCAUACCGUCCUGAGAUCUGAAGCCUGUGGAGCAACACUUGAAACGAAUCCAACGCAGGCCACGGGAUCUAGCUCUACGCUAAGCCUUGACCUCUUUCAGAAUGAGACUAAGCGAUCCGGAUUAACUGAGGACGAGGAAUCUCCUAAAGACGCUGAAACUCGUGGAAUGGAGGGAAAAACGGUUUCUCUCGUUGAUGAUGUGCCAGAGGAGCUUCAGCUAGAGCUUGGCAACAAGAAAAUGAGUGCUACAUCCAAUGCAGCUGAAACAAAUCCUGAUCAGGCUACUUCAUCAAAAGGUGGGCUCUUGGCGAACUUGUUUGAAAGUAGAGAAGAAACAGCGAAAGGGCCAGAAGAAACUUAUGCAGGUUCAGGGAGUGGGGCAACAACAACAACACAAGUAGAUGAUAAUGAUUCUUGAGAAAUUGAUUGCAACAGCAAAAACGCUAUUGGUUUCUCCAUUCACGUUUAUGCAACUUUGGUGAUUCUUUCAGUCCCCAUUUUCAGGAAGAAAAGACGAAAUACUAAUGCAAAAUGAAAAUAGUGACUAAAGAGGUUUGAAAUUAGGAUUGUGAAGCUCUGGUGAAGUUUCUUACUUCAGCCGAAAUAAUUUCUAGAUAUGAGCUUUUUGUUUGUAUUUUUCUUUUUUCAGAUAUUUUUUGUCUUUCGGCGUAAAGCUGACUCCGGAAAAUCUCAAAAUAUUAUUUACAUUUGAUAAUGUGGACAAAUAUACGAAGCCCAU